CGCUGAGCGCGCAGUGAAGCGCUGCUCCGUCCGUGCGCCGUCGCCGCUCUGCGUUUAGUCCACUGUGCCGCGGGUCCGGCGCUGCCAUCUGGAAUGAAGCGGUGCGAUGUUUCGUGUCGGACGGACUCCCUGACACUGCGCACUUUCUCUUCUUCGUCCCUGCGGAAGAUGGUGGCUGGCGGCUAAUUCCAACUUCUUACUCCUUGGAGGCUCCCUCCCCUCACCACCACCACCUCGCCUGAAGCGCACUGAAAUCAGUUGCAUCUAUUCACAUUCUCAUGAGUGUCAGACCCACUGUGAGCAAAGGCCCUUGAACGAGCCUCAAUCUUCAUGCUUUGUUGAAGCUGAAAUUUUUCCCAAAUCAGCUCAGGAUUUGAAUCCCUGCCUGCCUGCCUCUCUCUGUGUCAUCUUGUUGCUCGAGCUCUGUAGUGAAUCAUAGCUGUGCUUUACAACAUCAGUGUUCCUGAAAUGACCGAAGUGGAACCAGUGCUGGACUUUGCCUCCUCGGGGCGCUCGGGGAGGAGAAAUGCCCUGCCUGAUAUCCUGGGCUCUCCGGCAGGCGUAAACCCCGGUGACUUACCUUUGAAACUGGCUGAGCUAUCCCUACAAGAUGGUCCGGGAGGGGCUCAGUCGCCCACGGCAGAGGAGCCACCAGCACCGCCAGAAAGCUCAGAUGGAAAAGAGGGAUCAUAGGGAGUCAUUUAUUUACCUCCCCGGAGACCUACAGAGAUAACCUGAGAGAGGAUGAGCAAUGAGGCGGAGGGCGACCUGUGGGAGAAUGAGUGAUGAUCUGUGGAGAGUCACACUGUUUGCAAGGCAGCUGAGCCACGGAGGGAGGACAAUGGACCCACUCCCAAAGGACUGGAGCCAAGAGCUUAGGACUGUUUGGUACUUUCUCAAGUCAGGCGUCACCUAGUUCUGAACCACACAGCGUGUGCAUGUGCGCAUAUAUGCGUACGCUACACCGAGAAGCAAAAGGACAAUGAGAGAUCCUGUAUACUGUACAUUCUUAUUGCUAUUUUUGUAUGAUUUAUUUAAAACUAAAGAAAACAGCAACUUGUAAAUCAAACUGUAACCUACCAUUUUUCUUGCAUUUCCUGCAGAUUUCUGUUUUGUAGAGUUCUGUGUUUUAUGACAGUAGUUUAACUGCAGCCUGCAGUGGCCUGAAGCUUUUUAAUCCAGCUCAGUGCAAACCGGCACACGAUUUAAGAAAACUGGGAACUGUGUGUUCUCUGGCUCAUUUAUGCUUUUACACGAAAUGUGUAUGAGCUACUGUGCAUUUUCAAAUGAGCCUAUAACUCCACUGCAAUUGUACAGUUUUUAAUCCUUCAUCACCAGACUGUUUUAAUCAUAACAGCAACCAGGGACUCAGUACACUUUUUUAGGUGUCAUUUGGUGCAUCCAAACAACAUGUUGUCCACAUCUUGAGACAUUCCUUUAGAGAAUAGUGUCCCACUGCCAACACUAGUUCAUUAUAAUACUGAGAAAAGAUUAAGAUUUCCUUUUGUUUUUUGCUUAAGGCUGCUUUUGAAAGUCUCUUCAUUUUCCAAAUCUCUGAAAAUGUGCCUAGUGGCAGUUUACAACUGAAAAUGGGUGUUGUGUUCUGUGAAGUACUGUUAUUGGAAAUUUUGGGGCUACUGAUAUUUCCUCAGUUUUAACAGGAGGUAUCAUUAAAAAAAAAACAAAAAAAAAAACAUCUGAACUACUUGGACUGUAGAUGAAAGAAGAAAACACUUUCCCUAAAAUCUGUGUGGACAGACACGGAUUUGCGUCAAAACCGAGUUUUUUUUUUUUGUUUUGUUUUGUUUUUUGUCUGCAGCGACAGCAGCAUAUGUCUGGGCACGGGAGCAAGCAUUAAGCAAUGCCGCCACCUCCACUACUGUAUGUGUUUAGAGUGCUGAAAAUGGCAGCAGCUCGCCUUCUGUCUCUCUCGCGCGGGGAAAAGUCUGUUCGCUCUCAUCAACACAUAAGCUGAACUGUGAAUGGGACGCGAGCUGGAGAGCGAGAAACAACAGCAAGAGUUCACGCUUUGUCAGCUAUCACCCCGCCCUCUGCUACUGUAUAUAAACUAUAUUGUAGUAAAAUCCAUGUAUGUCAUACAUUCUGCCUGUAUGAUUACCAGACUGUACCCACAAACACAACGUGUCCUGUAAUUGUCUCUUCUUGAAGAUGUGUUGACUGGUGGCCUGUCUUUAUGUGGAUGUUUCACAAAUGCAACAAGGAAAACCUGAUGUGCUGCUGCCCAGUCUCUGUUUUUUUUUUUAAUGCUGUACCGAUAAAGUGUCUGUGGUCUGUCUGAAGCUGAUUGACGCAUUUUAAGGGACUGAUGAAUCAGAGGUGUAUGUUGUGGUGUCCUGGUGCAUCUGUUUUACUUAGCUGGAUUGAAUCCUUUAUGUUGAUUCUAUCUGGUGGUGAAAUUUGCCAUAUUAAAUCUACAAGCUUUACCUAUA